AUGUCGCGCACAAAGCAAAAGGCUCCAAAGGGUGGUGGGAAGGACCCGCAGGAUAUUAUCCGGCGUGAAAAGAGCGAGCUGGUCGCUGGCGACCUUACACAGAAAAAGGUGGCUACAACGAUGGGAGGGAAGAAGCGAAAGCUCGACCAGUCCGAUGAUCCCAAAACAUACCCUCUACCGAAACGAGCCGCUCUUGACACCGAGUCGGAACAAUCUACAUCCCCAGACGUCGCCGUCGAUCCCUCCCUCCUCGCUGAUCACUUUGCGAAGAACAUUCAAAAGUGGUUCUCAACCAGCAGUCCCAUCGAACUGGAAGAUAUGUACCUUCCUAAAAAAGCUUUUCUCGACACCACAAGUUAUACUAAGGAAAGGCUUGCUGCGAACCUCCCAGACUUCCUCGAGCAAUUUUCCGCUGGCGGUAAAGAGGGUCUUUCCAACUGCGAGGAAGUCGGCUCGCCACAUACUAUUGUCCUUGCAAUGUCUGGCAUGCGAAUAGCAGAUCUUAUGCGAGAACUGCGAGUGUUUAAGAGCCAGGGUUCCAAAGUCGGUAAAUUCAUGCCUAAACACAUGAAACUCGAAAUGAACAUAAAGUUUCUGCAAAGUAACAGAGUUGGAAUUGCCAUAGGCACACCAGAGCGCUUAAAUCAAUUGUUGGAAGCAGGGGCUUUGAAGACUCAGGGGCUACAAAGAAUUGUGGUGGAUGGCUCCCAUCACGACGAGAAGAGAAGUACUAUCUUCACGAUAGGUCAGAUUUUUCGACCGAUGGUAGCCUUUCUCAAUGACGACAACAUUCGCCAGAGAUAUGGUGCUGAACAGAACAAGGUUGAUAUUAUAGUCUUCUGA